UAAAGGUGGCUGACAUGUCACCAUGCUCUCCCGGCCAACAAGCCAUGCCCUCCGCACUUCGCUGGGCUGUUGCCUGGCCAGCUGCCUUGUGCUCAUCCCAUCUCUUCGGCAGUGCUUUUCUGUGCAGGUGCAGCCACUACUGCAGACUGCGGCGAUUAUGACAUUAUUUUGCUCGGGCUGCUCGCUGGAGGAGACCAGUUUCCUUUGCUUCGAGUCUGUUCUUGGAACUGCCUUGGCAAUCCUCAAUGCAACCGCCAUUGGUCACUUCAUCCAGGACUCUGAGACUUGGGUGAUCGUUGUGUCUGUUGCUUUCGUGGCCAUUGCGUGUUUGCUGCCUUUGUCCGAAACCUCCAAGCAGUAUACGGUUGGACUCACAGCAUAUUUCACCAUGGACCUCUUGGCUUCCAACAGCGGUGGACAAGGAGAAAUACACGUCCUGUUCAUGUGCCUGGAAUACAUGUCCGUGAGUUUGCUGGGGUCUCUGUGUGCACUCCUGGUCUAUUCUGUGCCACUGCCUGGCCUGCCAGACACCCGUGCUUUAAAGAGUGGUGCCGUGGCGUUCAAAGAGAUCGUUGAAGGCUGUGCCGAGGUGGUGAAGGAAGCCACGGAAGCGUUUCUGUUCAUCGGUGCAGGGGACGCGUGGCGUGCUUUGGGCCAACAGAGAUUGAGCGAUCUCUCGGAAACGCUGGCAGGAGCCAAGUGUACUGCAGAGUAUGAGAACUUGUCACCUUUGGCUGUUUGGCGAAAUCUUCGGCACGAUGGGCGUCUGCAGUCUGAGAGGCAGCAUCUUCAGCAGGAGACCGCUUUCUCUGCAGCAGCCGAAACAAUCGAUGUAUGUUGUCUCCUGUGUGAGCUGGCGGCAAAGCCGCACGGCACAGAUCUGGGAGCCGAAGCUGCUUUGGUGCGUGGAGCUGCAGAGGAAUCAAUUCGGGGUGUGGCGCUGGAUGCUGCUGCGUUGCUCAGGGACUUUGGACGUGCAGAUUUUGGUGCUGCAGCUCUGGGCGAGAGCAAUGCCACUGCCACCAGGCGCAAAAUCCUUCUAGAGGCUGCUAGAAGCGCCUUGCAGAAAAGCAGAAAUGCGGCGCAGGAGAUUCUGAACUUGAGACAUUUCCAGUCGCAUGACGCUAUGCUUGGCACAAACUCGUUUGCAAGUGCUCGGUCAGAGAUGGCGUCUUUCCUUUUCUUGGUGCACGUGUUAGCCACUGAGCUGCUCCAAAGCGAAUCGUCUUUCUUGCGGAAAGCCCUGAAGCAGAGGGAUGGCAGCAGAAUCCUGGCAGGCGAUGAGGAGGAGGGUCUAGCGAGUUUGACAGGGUUUUCCACGUGGCACCUCUCUCGGGAGAGUCGAACAACCGCAGAAUUUCGACACUUGACGUCACCGCUCCUUCCACGUCGUGGAUCAUCUUCCAGUGUCAACGCUGCACCGCCAACUUGCUAUGACCUCUUGGCCGCGAUAUCGAGCAAGCUGCACACUGCGGUUUCUCUGAGAUGGCGUUGUUCAUUGAAGGUCUCCUUGUCCUAUUGUUUGGGAUUGAUCUUGGAUUUCAACAACGGCCUUGGUGGCGUGAUGGUGUGUACGGUCUCGUAUUUAUGCAGCUACGGCUCCCAGUACUCUGGGGGUUCCCUGCGACGGGCCAUUUCUCGUGGAGUUGGCGUUUCUGCCGGAGCAACAGUCGGCAGCGUGUUGAGAACGCUUUGCAUUUGGUCCAGGGACCUUCCUGGAACAUGGGACUUGUCUAUCGUGGUGACGCUUUUGAUCAUCCUCGGUUGGACGUUUCUCUCCACCUUGGUGAACUUCCGGGGUGGGCCCUAUGCAUAUGCUGGUUUCUGCGCGGCAUUCACGGCCAUCAAAUUUCUUUCCUCCACUGGACCUGGUGGAGUGUUGCAGCUCUCUGCGACAAUCACAUCUUGCAUGUGGGCAUGCCUGCUGGUGGUCCUGGUGGAGACGUGUGUCCUUCCCGUUGAUGCGCGUGACCUGCUGCAGGGGAGAGUGGUGGCAGCCUUGAUGGGUGUGCGGGCAGUGCUGCCUGCCCUGGUCUCGGCUGAUGAGUCGUUGGUCAAAAAUGUGAAGGAGGAUUAUGGCCCUUAUGGUUCUGGUCCUGGUGCUGGUGUGUCCAGCUGGCCAGACCUCACAGAGCGAUUGAAGAAGGUUGGUGCCUACGAGAAGUACCUUGAGUGGCGAGAAGGUUACAUGCGCUGGCGGAUGGGAGAAAGCAACGGUGCCAAAGGGGAGAUUGUCGUUGACACAAAGGCAGCUCCAAUGGCUCCAAAGGCUCCAAAUGCAAAACUUUCGAAGGCAAAACUACUUAGAGAUGAUUCAGACCUUGGCACCUUCCAACCAAGAGACCCAGCUCCUCAUUUAGCUUCGAAGAAUUUGGAGGAAAACACUCCAAAGGAAGGCGUCCAGCUGAUGAUGGCACCAGUGAAAGGUGAUAUUGUUGCAGAUAUGCCUGAAGUAGCAGCUGUUCUGCAUCCUGUAGCGGUGCCCAGCUUGAAAGAGCUUCUGAGUGAAGAAGGUGAUUGGCAAAGACAGGAAAGCGAAAGCCGUGGCAAGCCGAUGACUGUAUCCCUGGCUUCGAUCCAGGAAGUCUUGGACGAGAUCCGGGAUGCCUUGGCUCCGAUCGAAGAGCUGGCGCUUCAGGCGGCAGAGCGUUUGGAUGGUUUGAAGCUUGAUGGCAACGCCUGGUGUUCUUUGGCUGAUCGCUUGCGCAUCAUGCGUUUGUGGCUGUCUGUGCUUGGGCGAAUCGCAAAGCGUUUGGGGCACGGCUGUUCUCUGACCGACCUCAUCGGCGCAGAUAACACGGCGGCUGCAGAAGAUCUGCUCAACACCGUCAGGGCUACGCUGGCCGCUGCCGUCAGUUCUGUGGCUGGAGAUGUGCCAUUGGCUGCUGAAUGUGCCAAGCUGGAGGUUCGACUGCGCAGCUCCCGGCAGGGCUUGUUGGCCGCGCUGGGCCGACACGCCUCCCAGGGCAGAAGCGAGUUGGCUGCAGAGGUGCUUGCCCUUAGUGCGGGUCAUGCGUUGAUGGCCUUGCUGGCUGAUGCUGGACGCUGCUUGGCGCUCUCUGUGCGGAUGGCAUCGUCUGCAGAAGAUGAGGCGAGCCCUUCGCCCUACGAGUCGCCUCUACCGCGCGAAACGUCGAUUUCAAUGCUCCCCGAUCUCACUGAACGUCUAAAACAGCAGGGCCAAUACGAGAAGUAUGUCAAAUGGCGCGAUGGAUACAGGCAAUGGCGAUCAGGAGGCAUUUCUGGGUCCAAAGGUGAGAUUGUGGAGAAUUCGACAACUUGAGAAAAUUGACGAUC